CCAGCUAGAUUGCUCGUUGCGCCGCUUUGUAAACGCCGAACGCGUACUCUUCCCCACUUUCAUAUCUUCUUCUCCUCCUCCUCAGCACCUCCUUAUUUAUUUUAACCUUAAAAUUAAUUAAUAAUACACAACUCACCUCGCUCCCCGUCUCUCCACACGCCCUCCCUAAUUAUAGUCUAAUCCCCAAUUAACAUUUUUCAAAUUAGUUUCUUCUUUAUUACCGUUUGGACCUCGCAGGCUCGCACGUUCUCCUCUCUCUCUCUCUCUCUCUCUCUCUCUCUCUCUCUCCGUUUCUAUUUGGCUUCUGUGGUGGCAUUCUGAGAUCUGGUGGUGGGAUCUGACGAUCGAAGGGAAAAAUGGCAGACCCAAAACCAGACACACCUUUGAUCCCACCAUCUUCGUCGUCGUCGUCAUCAUCCUCGUCGCGAAACCUCCCCGACUUCAAAAAAUCUAUUAAGCUAAAAUAUGUGAAGCUUGGAUACCAUAUCCUCAUCACCCAUGGAAUGUACCUCUUUCUUUCCCCUCUUGUUGUCGUUAUUGCUGCCCAGAUUUCGACAUUUUCUCUCAAGGAUCUCUAUGAUCUUUGGGAGCAUCUCCAGUAUAACCUGAUUUCAGUGAUUAUCUGCUCUACUCUCCUUGUUUUCCUGUCCACUGUCUACUUUGUAACCCGACCUCGCCCGGUGUACCUUGUUAACUUUUCCUGCUACAAACCAGAAGAAUCUCGAAAGUGCACGAAAAAGAUUUUCAUGGAACAGUCCCAGAUGACUGGUACAUUUACAGAGGACAAUCUUCAGUUCCAGCGAAGGAUCCUUGAGAGAUCCGGCCUUGGUGAUUCGACUUACCUUCCAGAGGCUGUACUCAACAUUCCUCCAAAUCCGUCAAUGAAAGAAGCUAGAAAAGAAGCCGAGGCUGUGAUGUUUGGUGCCAUUGAUGAGCUUUUGGCUAAGACAGCUGUAAAACCUAAGGACAUUGGAAUCUUGAUUGUGAACUGCAGCUUGUUCAAUCCAACCCCAUCUCUUUCUGCCAUGGUUAUCAACCAUUACCAGCUUCGAGGGAACAUAGUCAGCUACAAUCUUGGUGGGAUGGGAUGCAGUGCAGGUCUGAUCUCGAUUGAUCUUGCUAAAAAUCUUCUUCAGGUGCAUCCCAACUCUUAUGCACUGGUUAUCAGCAUGGAGAACAUCACCUUGAACUGGUACUUUGGAAACGACCGCUCAAAGCUUGUCUCAAAUUGCUUAUUCCGUAUGGGAGGGGCUGCUGUAUUGCUUUCAAACAAAAGCUCAGACAAAAGAAGGUCCAAGUACCGAUUGGUUCAUACAGUUCGUACCCACAAGGGUGCUGAUGAUAAGUGCUUUAGCUGCGUUACCCAAGAAGAAGACGAUAACGGGAAGAUUGGUGUUACUUUAUCAAAGGAUCUGAUGGCAGUAGCAGGUGAUGCUCUAAAGACCAACAUCACCACAUUGGGCCCUCUUGUGCUGCCAAUGUCUGAACAGCUGCUUUUCUUUGCUACAUUGAUUGGGAGGAAACUGUUCAAGAUGAAGAUCAAACCAUACAUCCCGGAUUUCAGACUGGCUUUUGAGCAUUUCUGUAUUCAUGCUGGGGGAAGAGCUGUCUUGGACGAAUUGGAGAAGAACCUUCAUCUAUCAGAUUGGCAUAUGGAGCCAUCGAGGAUGACACUUUAUCGAUUUGGAAACACCUCAAGCAGCUCUCUUUGGUAUGAACUAGCUUACACAGAAGCCAAGGGAAGGAUGAAGAAAGGAGAUAGAACAUGGCAGAUAGCUUUCGGGUCAGGAUUCAAGUGCAACAGUGCUGUGUGGAAGGCUCUUAGGAGCAUAAACCCCGCAAAGGAAAAGAACCCGUGGAUGGAAGAAAUUGAUCGGUUCCCAGUUGAUGUUCCAAGGGUGUCAACCUUCUAAUUUGAAGUGAUAUUUCUCAUUCUUAUGCCGUCGGAUUUAGGCGGCUUUUGCCAGCUUCGUUUCUGAUUGGAGGUCAUAGAAUUGGUUUUCUUUGCUUUGUCAUGUUUGGAGGUUUACUUUUAGGGCAGGUGUUUGGUUUAGGGUGGGAGGGCAGCCAAAUUUCACUUAUUUACAAAGGGGGAUUGUCUGAGGAAUUAUAUUUACUGGUAUUUUUAGGUCAUUAAAUUCGAGCAUUUCGAAAUAGGAUUCGGGGUUGUGGAAGGAUUAACAUGUUGUAAAUCAUUUUUUGGAUAAUUGGGAGAUCGAAUUGAAAGUUUGAACUUAAUAGACUUUAGCACUUGGUUCCCUCUUUA